AUCAUUUCAUCAGGUGGCUAUCAAUUUUCUUAUUCAAAUUUGAUUAUCAUCGAUUAAUAGUGAAAAGCUCUUGUACUCGGCACAGAGAAAGCAUGGCCAAUUAUAAUUUGAAAAACAUUUUAAAUCCGAUCAAAAUCAAAGAAUUAGCUCGAACGUGGAUAAAUGAAGAUGUUUCGAGUUUUGAUAUACAGGGAUUUGUGGUUGGAGAUACACCAGUUACAGCAAUCAUCUAUUGUAAACAAGAAGGAAUCUUGGCUGGAUUUCCGUUUGUACAGGCGGUGUUCGAAGAACUAGGUGUUAAUCCUCCAAAAUUCGAAUACGAUGAAGGAACUUUUAUCAAUGAAGCUUCAUCGAAUAACAAAAUCAAGAUAGCCUCGGUACAUGGGCCUGCUCGAUUGAUUCUACUUGCCGAACGAACCAUAUUGAAUGUCUUGUCUAGAUGUUCUGGAAUAGCAACGAAAUGCCAUCGUAUUGGAACCAAAUUAAAAGAAAUGUCUUGGAAUGGUCGACUAGCUGCAACUCGUAAAACAACGCCCGGUUUUCGAAUGGUCGAAAAAUAUGGAGUAUUAGUCGGACAGGCUGAUACUCAUCGUUAUGACCUCAGCACGAUGAUCAUGUUGAAGGAUAACCAUGUGAAAAUAUCGGGUCAUGAAAAUAUAGCAACAAUUGUACCAGUGGUGAAGAAAUGUGCUGGAUUUAGUUGUCGAAUCGAAGUUGAAUGUUCAUCAUUUGAAGACGCACAUCAGGCUGCUGAAGCCGGUGCCAAUAUAAUCAUGUUGGACAAUGUAUCAGCAAUUCAAGGAGCCGAAAUUAGCCGUAAUCUGCGCUCGAAACAUCCAUCAAUAUUAAUCGAAGCAAGCGGUGGUAUUACCGAAACCAAUGUCUAUGAAUAUGCACGGCCUGAAUAUGAUAUUAUAUCGAUGAGUAGCCUUAUUCAAGGUUGCCCUUCUGUGGAUUUUUCAAUGAAAAUCAUUGAGAAUCCUUGAUUUAUUAUAUUACAUAAUUUUUUAUUCAAUUUUUUCACUUAAAUCAUUUAUAUAAUUACAAUACUCAUUCACAAAAAGAAAUUUCUCUAUAUAAAAUUUUGUUUCAGACAA